GUCCGUGCGUCCGCUCCGACCACGAUUCGAACUGAUGCUGCGACCCCGGGCGGGUAGUGCGGGCACACCAAGUGCUACCACCGCGAAUGCUUAUCCUCGCGUCAAGCUCGAGGCCAAUAAAAGACAUUCUGUUAACGUGAAGUGUCGAAACUGCGAAAAAGUUUGACCGCAUUGUGCGCAAUUGUAAAAAAAAAUCCCGGCCUGUAUGUCGCUACCGCCGUGACGAGCCCGCGAUAUUGCCGUGAAAACUUGUUCUUCGGGAAAAAAAAGUCGUUGAAGCGGGUUUCUGCCACUCGAGUCGAGGCUCGCGUCGCAAAAAUUCCAACUUCUAUCGUGAAACGAUCUCGAUUAUUUGAGGCUACCGCUGUUACUUUCUUAUACUUUAAUAUUCAUUCGGAAUCUGGUCGUAUAAUAAGAGCGCACGAGGCUCACAAUGACGGCGAACAAUACCACGUCGAAGAUGAUCGAGAUACUGUGGGAGUUUUACGAUUACUUUCACGGAAGCGACAAGGACUACCUGUUGAUUGUUCUUUAUGCACCGACCGUAUUCGUCGGCGUGAUAGCAAACAUUUUUGUGAUCAUAAUGGUCUGCAAGUUUCAUUUAAAGAGCGUUACAAAUUAUUUUGUGAUUAAUCUAUCCGUGGCUGAUUUGUUGGUUGCCACAAUAUGUAUGCCGAUGACGAUCAGCCACGAAAUAUCGUCAUCAUGGAAUUACAGUGAAUUCUUAUGUAAACUGACGUCUUACCUUCAAAGUGUGAGCGUUACCGCUUCGAUAUACACUAUUAUGGCUAUGAGCAUCGAUAGAUACCUGGCUAUAAGGAAUCCCAUGAUUCUUCGCUGUGUAUGUAAUCAUAGGAAUAUCAUUCUCGUUAUCGUAACUAUUUGGGUGACGUCCUUGGCUUUCUUUAUUACGAUCUACGAAGCGAUGAGAUUCCACAACCCGAUGGCGGAUCUCAUCAAUAAGACUUUUGACUUGAUGAUGGCAAAUGAGAAUUUCUCGCCCAAUACCAUCUACCCGACACCACCAGACUUCUACAUGUGUACGGAGGAUUUCGCGCCCCUAGGAAUCCGACGAGACAUUUUUGGGAGCGUGCAUUUCCUAUUCUCCACCGCUAUUCCAUGUCUCGUUGUAUUUCUGGCCUACUCGAUGAUUGGCUUCACUCUUUGGUCCAGGAGGCCACCCUUUGACUGCGAUAACAGGGAAAGUGCCAGUUCGCGACAGGGCUUCAGAUUGCGACAUGACAGAAAACGAGUUGCCUUGAUAUUACUAUUCCUUGCCAUACUCUUCGCUCUGUGCUGGCUGCCGUAUAACAUUGUCAAGUGUUUGAUCGAUCUCAACGUUAUCGAUAUAACGAUAUCGAACGGCAACACGUUGAAAUACUUCCUGUUUCUGGGACAUGCAAACAGCACUCUAAACCCCGUGGUCUACUGCUGGAUGACGCGAGGUUUUCGCCAAAAUCUCGCCAAAGUUUUACAUUGCGUCUCUAGUGAUAUAUCGCACCAUAAUCCCUCCAGAAGAAACGCAAUGACGAUCGCCGACGAUAACGUGCAGCACAUUCCGAUAUACUUGCGAAGAGUACCUAGAACGCGCAAACACGCUAUUCUACGACGAAAAUGGCUUGUAUCAUUUAGAAACAACAUCAACAGACCGCAUCAACAUCGAGACAUCGAGCUGAAAAAGACGUAUCAUCUGAGCGAGCAGAUCGAGCCACUGAAAAAUGACGUUAAAAAGGAUCAGCAGCAGAGUAAAGACAUAAAUGAACUGAAGACCAACCAGCCAGAAUCGAUCACCUUAUGCACUAUGGACGGACGAUAUCUGUAACUGCUAGUCUGCUACUUC